UACAACGUUUAUUUUACUGUUGGUUGCAAACGAUUCGUGAAUAUUUAAUGAAAUUCACUGCACUAGGACCAGGCGGUCGUCUUUGGAGUUCGGAGAAGCUCCCUCAUCUUGCGUAUAGAGUCCAUUGUAAACAUGGCUGCCGCUGUGCAUCGGAUUCUGUCCUUCAGUAGAAAUGCUAAGGCGAUUGUAUCGCCUUUGAAGACCUCGGCGGUUUAUCUACAGCGCUACAGUUUACAAGCGUCGACCACUGGAGAGCAAAUUACCCACACCGGACAAGUGUAUGAUGAAAAUGAUCCCAGGCGGGCCAGGUUCGUGGGCCGACAGAAAGAGGUGAACAAGAACUUUGCCAUCAAGCUGGUGGCUGAAGAGCCAGUCAGUUGCAUAGAGGCCAGAGUGGUGUCAUGUGACGGUGGUGGAGGAGCACUGGGCCACCCAAAAGUCUACAUCAACCUGGAUAAAGAAACUAAAGUGGGCACAUGUGGCUACUGUGGACUGCAGUUCAAGCAGACCCAUCAUCAUUGAGAUGCUUUCUCAGUCUCUCUCUUUCUGUAGUCUGUCAUUCUGGUUAAUAAAUUAUAUCUACUUUUCUCCUCA